UUCGCGGCUAUAUCCAUUUCUUGGCCAAAUUUAUAGAUUGCUAAAUGUGAUAGUCCGCUGACUUACUGCAGCUGUAGAUAACGUUUAUAGCUGCACUAAACCAUUUAGCCAAGUUGAUCAGUUCGCUCAAGACGUCGAAAAGGCUGAAGUCUGUCAGAAUACUGCUCGUUCAACAAUGUUGUGAAUAUAAGUCAUGUAACCGAUCGAAUAUAAUAUUUGGAACUUUAUCAGGGCCAAUACUCGGCCCAUGCUCAAACUCGGACUUGGACUCGGACUUGGACUACUAAAACUUGGACUUGGACUUCACUUGGACUCUAAAACUUGGACUUCAUUUGGACUCUAAAACUCGGACUUCACUUGGGCUCUAAAACUCGGACUUCACUUGGACUCUAAAACUCGGACCUUACUUGGACUCAAAAACUUGGACUUUAUGACUUGGACUUGGAAUUAGGCGUUUAUUAUGUUUCUCAUGUCUUCUUACGUUCCUCCAUGUUUUCUUAGGUUUCUUAGGUUUCUUAGGUGUCUUAGGUUUCUUUGGUGUUCUUAGUUUUUCAGCUCUUUUAGGUUUCUUAGGUUUCUUAGCUUUUUUAGCUUUCUUAGGUUUCUUAUGUUUCUCAGGUUUCUUAGGUUUCUUAGGUUUCUUAGGUUUCUUAGUUUUCUUAGGUUUCUUAGGUUUCUUAAGUUUCUUAGAUUUUUAAGGUUUCUUAGGUUUUUUAGGUGUUCUUAGGAUUUUAGGUCUCUUAGGUUUCUUAGGUUCGUUAGGCUUCUUAGGUUCCUUAGGUUUCUCAGAAUAACAAAGAAUACCUAGAUAACCUAGGAAAUGUUAGUAACCUCAGAAACCUAAGAAAACCAAAGAAGGCUCAGAAACCUAAAAAACCUGAGAAACCUAAGAAACCUAUGAAGACCAAAGAAAUCAGAAAAACCUAAGAAAGCUACGAAACCUAAGAAACCUAAGAAACCUGAGAAAACAUGAAGAAACGUAAGAAGACAUGAGAAACGCCUACAUCCAAGUCUAGGUCAUAAUGUCCGAGUUUUAGUGUCCAAGUGAAGUCCAAUUUUUUGAGUCCAAGUGAAGUCCAAGUUUUAGAGUCCAAGCGAAGUCCGAGUUUUAGAGUCCAAGUGAAGUCCAAGUUUUGGAGUCCAAGUGAAGUCCAAGUCCAAGUUUUAGUAGUCCAAGUCCAAGUCCGAGCUUGAGCGCGGGCCAUAAUACUCGGUGCCGUCGGUAAACAAAAUGCUGGUUAAAAACUCCAAUAUGAAAGCUUUGUGGUGCGGAUUGUUCAAUUUGUUUUUCAUCCAAAGCAAGUUUGCUGCGCCGACAUACACGGACUCAGGUUGCAUCUCACAAAACUGGACUUUAAACCACAGCGUGGUUGCUCCUGUCGUGACCCCGUAUCCUUUUCGAAGAGAUUUGCUUACGGUGAGAGAAUGCAUCCUUUACUACAAUCUGGAAGCUAAAGGAGCUAUCUGCACGCUGGUCCUCGGCUUCAGUUCAUGUGCAUUAAAUGACAAAUCACCCCACCGAUCCCAGAUAAUGAACACGUACGUGGAGAUCCCGUGCCUCCACGAACCUCGUUCGUUAGUAGCCAAAACCACUCAAAAGGUGAGCGAAAUCAGUCCGCAGCGCGCAGUUGCGCUGUAUUUGACUGAGGUACCUGAUAAAGAAGAUUUGCUUACCGUUGACGUCGUCGGACCCAUCCGCAACCAAACCGUACACAUUGGCAUGUCCGGCUGUUAUUCGCCGAAUACUACAGCCAGGGUAUACGAACUGGGUACUAUUCCUAACCUCCACAGUUUUUCCUUCUAUCUGUGCGACGAUCUAGCGAUCCGCAAAUUCGAUUUCAGUGGAAUGCCCCAAUUGCGACAGAUGGUGUUCACUUUAUCCACAAUAGCCACACUGGAGCCAGGCACCUUUGCAGAUUUGCCUAACUUGCGUAGCUUGAUUCUGGAGAGAAAAUGGAUCAAGGAGUUAUUUAGCGCGAAGAAUCCCAGCUCCACCAACGAUUAUUCUGCCAGUGUUAACGAUCUCGACUACCUUUAUAAUCUGCAUUGUGACUGCUCAUUUGCCUGGUUGCGCCGUUUUCUGAAGAAGAAACCGUAUUUGAUCGAUGCCAAAGAUCCCGGUGAAGUGUUCAAAAUUGGAAACUAUUUCUCUGAAGCGAUCACCAGAACUGGGAAUGGUACGGAUGUCUUCAGCGUGGAUUGUUCGAGAAACGUGACACUGGAAAAUAUUUCGACAGGCAGCGAGUUUUCGUACAAUGCAUCUUGCCCCGAUGAUAAUAAUUAUUGCUGAUUCAGAUUUUAAUUAGUGCUUCACUUUGGAAAUCAGUACUCUAGCGCAUUUUAAGUGCAAUAUGUGCAAGCUAAUAAUACGAGUACAUGCUAUGAGAGAUGACCCGGCACGUGACACUAGGUUCAUGCGAACGCUGUGUAAUUUUUACUUGCGCGCUCUCUUACACAGUUUUUUUUGCAUCAAGCAACGACAUUUUAUUUAAUAUCCAAAUGGGUUCCG